AAAACUCUGGCAGCCCUUUAUUUAAAGUUUUGGUACCAUUGAUCUGUUUCCCUUUUAGAUUAGCUAGAUUGGGAUCGAACAUAAGGCAUUGUUUGGAUAUUCAACCAUGGAAAUCUCAGUUAUCAACAGAAUCAGCGAUUUUGAAGCUAGCAUAACCUCGCUAAACAACCCAUCUUUUCUUUCCCAAAUUUACGCUCUUUCUGGGAUUCAAUCUUUCCAUUUUUGGAAAUGGGGAGCCUUGAUUCUUGCCCUACUGGCCUCCUUAUCUACCUUAAUCAAUAGGCUCAAGGUUUUGAUAAUCAGGUUCCGACGAAACCAUUCUUUACCGAAUCAACCCCUUCUUUACGGAACGGAAUUCGAUACUGACACGGACAGUUCCUCUUGUUCAUCAUCGGACGACGAAGGAGAAUAUGAUGAGCCCUCCACUUCUCAGAACUGGCGACAAGUCGAUGAGGAUUUUCGAGUUAGGGGGUCGGGUCAUUUCACGCUACGGAAGAGGAGAAGCAGCAUCGGCGAUCUAUUUUCUUGGGCUGAAGAGCUAACCACCGGUAAAAGCGUGGUGAAGCUCUGGGAUAAUCUCGGAUUAGGGUUCCGUUUUGACCUCGAUGAAAGCGAUAACGUUCUGAACGUUUACGACGUUAACAAGGAGACGAAAAUCGGGACGAUUUGCGGGGGUAAGAGCGAGUUUCAGGCGGUUUCAGCGCCGUCGUCGUCGUUGCCAGCUGUUGUCGUAUCCGCCGUCGCAGAUUCUUCGACUGGAAGAAUCGCUGUCAGUGCAUGGGACACGCGCCUUCAUUGCCGGCAACCGGCGAUUCUCACAGAAUGGAGCCCCAAAAAACCAAUGGAGAAAAUCUCAGCGGUCAAUGCUAACGGCGUCGAUAAGGUUUACGUCAGGGGUGACGUCACGGGGAAGUUAACGGUCGGUGAUAUGAGGAAGGCGAGCUCGCCAUUAAGGAACGUAACGGAUUCCGACGUGGAUACAUGGUGGGAUGCUGAUGCCGUCAUCGGUUCGGACGAGUCAACGUGUCUCAGUUAACCCCGUUUGUUUUGAAAGAAUAAAACCUGGUUAAAAUGUGAACAAAAAAAAUGGUGAAUGGUGGAAGGACACCUUCGUAAAUAUUCAUUUAUCAUAAUAUUAAAACUAGUGGCAAAAAUCUGUACGAGUAAUUUUCAAAAAAAUAAUUUUAUUUUUAAUAAAAAUAAUGAAAGUAUUGUUUUAUAAAAUA